AUGACCACGCCAGGAUACAUCAAUUCAGGCGUCAUCACUACGGACGUGAAAACUGAUACCAGCAACGUCAAUGGAAAGACUGCCAUAGUUACAGGAGGCGCCAGUGGCAUAGGUGAGGCUUAUGUUCGUGCUUUGGUCAAAGCUGGAGCCUUUGUCGUUAUUGCGGACCUAGACGAAGAGGUUGGGCACAAUCUGGCCAAAGAAUUAUCUAGUUCAGAGAUCAAAUUUGUCAAAACGGACGUCACGAAAUGGACUGAUCAACUCGCCAUGUUCAAGACAGCAAUUUCAAGCUCACCAUCCGGAAGAAUUGACAUCGUCAUCGCGAAUGCUGGAAUCAGUGCUGCUGACUCCAUCUUUGCCAACAAUCUCGAGCUGGACGAGCCAGAAGAACCUCGCCUUAACGUCAUCGACGUCAACCUGACAGGAGUGCUCUACACUGUCAAACUUGCACUCUUCUACUUCCGCAAGCAGAAUGCUGCACGCAAAGAUGGGGAUCUGGACCAGAAUCUGAUCCUCCAAGGUAGUCUAGCCGGAUAUCUUGACCUACACGGGGCCGUCCAAUAUAGUGCGUCAAAGUGGGGACUCCGAGGGAUCAUGAGAUGUUUGAGACGCUCAGAACUGUCACACAACAUCCGAGUGAACUAUAUUGCACCAUGGUUCAUUCAGACGAAAAUCAUGUCUGAGGCCUUUGUGCAGUAUUUGCAACAACGAAACGUCGACUUUGCUACCGUUGAGGAUGCAGCCGAAGCCGCGUUGAAGAUUAUCUCUGAUACCAGAGUCAAGGGUCGGUCACUAGCUAUUCUACCUCGUAGCCUCAACCUGCAAGGUUACCAGGACCUCGAUAACGAUGACUAUCCGGAUGAUACUUUGUUGGGCAGAUUACAGGAUAUGGUAUUGGUUAAUUCUUGA